UCUCCUGGGACUUAAGGCGGGAAGCGACGGUCCAGUUGGGCGGACUUGUGGGGCUGCUACCCACUCCGGCGCAGUGAGCUCAGCGCGCAGGGGAGGGACCUCGCUGCCACGAACCUCCAGAAGCCAACCGUUGGGAGGAGAGAGGAAAAAGCUCCGAGGGGUGCAUGUGCAGGGCAUACCUAGUUGUGCUGUCAGCCAAAGCGAACCAAGUUCAUCCUGUAAAGUCACAUGCCUGAAAUUACCGGGACAUAUUCAGAAACAUCUAAAAGAAAAAUACCUAAAGAUAGGAACUGAUAAAUGUUACCACCGUGGCAAGCAUAUAGAGUCAUGUCUGCUUCUUGUAAAAGACCAUGGUAUAUCAGAAGAGACACCAUGUGGAAUUCCUCAACAAGAUCAUUUUAUUGACAUGGAACAUAUAUUUGAUUCUAAUGAAGAGGCCUCCAGCUCAUCUCAAACUGUGGUGCUUCAGGGAUGUGCUGGGACUGGGAAAACAGCUGUGGUGCACAAGUUCAUGUUUGAUUGGGCAGCAGGAGUGGUGACUCCAGGCAGGUUUGACUAUCUCAUCUACGUCAACUGCAGAGAAAUCAGCCCUGUUGCCAACCUUAGUGCUGCUGACCUUAUCACUAACACUUUUCACACUUUUCAAGAUAUAAACAGACCAAUCUUGGACAUUUUUCUCAUAUAUCCAGAGAAGAUUCUGUUCAUUCUCGAUGGAUUUCCUGAGCUGCAGGACCCUGUUGGUGACCAAGAAGAGGAUCUCAGUGUUCACCCCCAGGAGAGGAAGCCAGUAGAGACUCUUUUGUACAGUUUUGUGAGGAAAAAACUGUUUCCCGAAUCCUCUCUCCUGAUAACUGCCCGGCCUACAGCCAUGAAGAAGCUCCACUCUCUGUUAAAACAACCUAUCCACGUAGAGAUCUUAUGGUUUACAGAUACUGAAGAGAGAGCAUAUGUACUGAGCCAGUUUUCAGGUGCUAAUACAGCAAUGAAAGUCUUUUAUGAUCUUCAAGAGAAUGAAGACCUUAACAUUAUUUCUUCUCUUCCCAUCAUCUCUUGGAUGAUACGCAAUGCCCUGCAGCCAAAGGGAGACAGUGAUGGGACUCUCUUGAGGUCACUUCAGACCAUGACUGAUGUGUAUUUAUUCUACUUUUCCAAGUGCCUGAAAACCCUUACAGGCAUCUCAGUAUGGGAGGGACAAAGUUGCCUGUGGGGUCUUUGCUCUUUGGCUGUGGAGGGUCUGCAAAACCAUCAGGUUUUGUUUGCGGUCAGUGACCUCAGAAGACAUGGGAUAGGAGUGUGUGAUACCAACUGCACUUUUCUCAGUCGCUUUUUGAAAAAGGCUGCAGGAGCUGUCGAUGUCUACACUUUUCUUCACUUCAGUUUCCAAGAGUUCUUGACUGUGUUUUCUAUGCCCUGAAGAAUGACAAUAGCUGGAUGUAUUCUUAUCAAGUGGGGAAAAUAUGGCAAGAAAUAUUCCAACAAUAUGGAAAAGGUUUUUCAUCACUAAUGAUACAAUUCUUAUUUGGCCUCUUACAUAAAGGAAAAGGAAAGAUGGUGGAAACUACUUUUGGAAGAAAAGUUUCCCCAGGACUUAGAGAGGAGUUACUGAAGUGGACUGAGGGAGAAAUAAAGGAUAAAUAUUCUACGUUACAAAUUGAGCCGAUGGACCUGUUUCACUGUUUGUAUGAGAUUCAGGAA